UCACUGGGUAGCGGUCCGUUCAGUUUCAUUUUGAACGUUUGUCUGGUGUUAGUUGGAAUAGAGUUUGUUCUGCUCAGAUUUAGCUUGUAUUUUCUAUUUCUAUUACGUUGUUUAUUUAAAUAAAAUAUUUAAAACAUAAAGUGAAGUGAGUUUUGUAAUUUUAAAUUGUUUAACUUUGUAUUUUGCUUACGAUGAGCGAAACGAGGCUAUGCAAUAAAAUACAAAACUAAAUUAAGCACCUUAUUGGAGUUUUGAUGUGGUUGAUUGUUUGGUGAUACUUUUUCCUGUUGUGCUCCACUCCCCUUCGCAAAUCGCAAUUGCUAGUUGUAGUUGCGUUUGCGUUUGCAAUUAAUAUUUUGUUUUAUUUUUUGUUUAUUCACUGCCACACUUUUCUGUGAAAUGUGAAAUCCGGCUUUUGAAGCAAAAUGUAAACAAGGAGUCGUCUGGUAGACGAUGAAGAAAGAAGAUAGUGCAGUGCAGUUUAUAGUGAAAACGUAGUGUGAGUAAAAUUCGUGUUUUUUCAACUUACUACAGUGAGUCGGAUUGAUUUCUGCGGAGUGAGUGUUGUGUUGACGAAUCUAGGAAUACGUGUUGGUGGUUUUGUUCCAUAAAUAGUUUGCUCUUCUGUUCUGAAAGAUGGCUCAAGAAGAAGAGGAAGAGGUACGUUCGUUAUUGUCACGCCAUCAGGAUCGUAUUAUUAGUGAUCUACAGGGAACAGACCUGUUGGCGGUUUUAGUUAAAAAUUCAGUAUUAACAACAUCCGAGGAGGAAGUUUUGAAAUCUUACCCAGCUCCAAGUAGAGGUUUAUCGCGAGCGGGUAGUGAAAGAAGUGCAAGAAGUAGUAUUUACGGUGAAGAUGGUGAAAACAGUUCACCAACGCCAUCAGCUGGUGGCGGAAGCAUAAGCGUUCGGAGUAGUGUUGUUGGUGAUUGUCGUGGCGUCACAGAGAAUCCAAUGGUAAAUGAUGCGGAUGUCCAUCGCUGGCAGUGUGCCAAUUUAAUAGAAAUAAUAGCAAAAAGUGGCUUCGAGAGAUUCAAGCAGUUUUGCUAUGCCAUCGAAAAUGAGUGUCCACAACUAAUCGAGGAUUUGAUUAAUGAUCGUUUAAAGUGCGAUACAACAACUAUUGUCAGUUCGAGUUCGAAUGAGGAAAAAAUCAAGAAGGAAUUGGACAGUGAUUACAUUGAAAAAGAUAAGGACAAUGACCGUUCUCGUCGUGCGGUUAGUUACAGUGGUUCUACGACCAACUCAGUGCCUAGAGCUGCUCCUCGACGGAUGUCUUUGAUGAAAGAACCACCACCACCGCCUCCUCCAAAGCCAUCUCUGUCACACACUUCGUCAAUAAACUCCUCGAUCACAGCUCCCUCACCGAUUCCAAGUAAAUUUCCCCAAACCGAAUACAAUUUAAUAGAAAAGUUUGAUUCCACUUCGAACUUGAGUGUUACGCAACAGAAUGCUUACCAAGGUCCAUCGACAAUAUCCAAUAAUUAUUCAUCGCUGUUAUGUCAUGCUCGUUCAACGACAAGCCCAACUGCAGUACGUAAACGUGAGAAACUAUUGCACCGAUUUAGUGAUGCGGCAACAUUAGGCAGGAAGCUGAAGAAGAAGAAGAACACAAAUCGAACAUGCCAUUCGAUGACUGAGGCAAUUGAGAUGCUAGCUGAUCCAGUGAUUGAAGAUGAAUUCUUUGGUGACAGAACUACAUGGGAGUACCAUACAGUUGCAGUGACAAGAGUACCCGGAUACGGAUUCGGUAUCGCUGUAUCAGGAGGUCGAGAUAAUCCACAUUUUGCUAAUGGUGAUCCCUCCAUAGCUGUGAGUGAUGUACUCAAAGGUGGACCAGCAGAAGAUCGAUUGCAAGUUAAUGACCGUAUCAUCUCAGUCAAUGGUGUAAGUUUGGAAAACGUCGAAUACGCCACCGCUGUUCAAGUACUGCGCGAUAGUGGAAACACUGUUACACUUGUAGUUAAACGCAGAGUUCCCAUCAGCAGCACAACAGCCCAUCAACACUCGCACAGUAUGAGCUCAGUAGGUUUGGUACAGCAACCCUUAACAGCCCCCGGGAUUAAUACUGCGACUGCUUCACCAAUUCUAAAUGCACCCGGCCCUGGACAGCCCAUUAAGGUCACUCUUACCAAAUCAAACAAAAAAGAUGACUAUGGAGUAGUCCUUGGUUGUCGACUUUUUAUAAAGGAAAUUUCUACAAAAGCGCGUGAUCAACUUGCGGCUAAUGGUUACGUCUUGCAAGAAGGCGAUAUAAUUAGUAGAAUACACAAUACAAAUUGUGGUGACACAAUGAGCCUCAAAGAAGCCAAAAAGAUUAUCGAUGGGUGCAAAGAACGUCUAAAUUUGGUUGUGCUUCGAGAUAUUACAAAUCAAGGAGUGACAACAAAUGUGAAUAGCAAUCAUUUAAAUAAUUCGACAGCUCAAUCUUCGGUGUAUUCACACACGCAGCAGGUUUCCAAUUGCAGUAAUAAUUUAGAUGACCCGUAUUUGGGUGGGGGAGCUAGUUAUUCCUCACAGAACCUUUAUGUCCAGCCUCCGACACGCUCAUCAAACGGUCCAAUUGGAUUGGUUGAUGAAAAGAGUAAUUUAACACCACGAGGUCGCUCACGAGGUCCCUUAAUGGAUGUCUCCCUGUCCCAAUUAGAUCGACCAAGCACUCCAUCAAACGGAAAUAGCUCUCGAGCUAGAUCGGAUGAGCCCCCAAGGCCUCCGCCACCGCGAGGUAGUGGAGCUGGUGAAGAUUUCUACAGCUCCCGAAGGCAGUUGUAUGAGGAAGACCCCCUUCAGAGGUCCCGACAAUCAGCUGAACCCAGAUUUAUUUCCUUUCAAAAAGAAGGAAGUGUUGGAAUUCGAUUAACUGGAGGAAAUGAAGCUGGAAUUUUCGUGACAGCGGUUCAGCCAGGUAGUCCCGCUUCACUGCAAGGUCUUACACCUGGUGAUAAGAUUCUUAAAGUGAAUGAUAUGGAUAUGCAUGGUGUAACUAGAGAAGAAGCAGUUCUCUUUCUUCUCAGUCUCCAAGAUAGAAUCGAUCUAAUUGUGCAGUAUUGCAAAGAAGAAUAUGAAGAAGUAGUUGCAAAUCAGCGCGGUGAUUCUUUCCACAUAAAAACUCAUUUCCAUUGCGAUAAUCCGUCCAAAGGAGAGAUGGCUUUUAAGGCUGGUGAUGUCUUUCGAGUAAUUGAUACACUUCACAAUGGAGUAGUUGGUUCGUGGCAAGUACUCAGGAUUGGGCGUGGCCAUCAGGAAAUGCAGCGUGGAGUGAUUCCUAAUAAAUCACGUGCUGAAGAACUAGCCACUGCACAAUUUAAUGCAACAAAGAAGGAAAUGAAUGCCUCCGAAUCCAGAGGAAACUUCUUUAGGCGCAGGAGGUCAACACAUCGACGCUCCAAGAGUCUCUCCCGUGAAAAUUGGGAUGAUGUUGUCUUCUCUGACUCCAUCUCUAAGUUCCCAGCCUACGAACGAGUAGUUCUGCGCCAUCCGGGCUUUGUUCGUCCUGUUGUUCUUUUUGGACCCGUUUCGGAUAUAUCCCGUGAAAAGCUGACCAAAGAUUUUCCAGAUAAAUUUACUGCUCCAUUGCAAGAUGACGACAAGACAAACUCUAAAUGUCGCAUAGUUAGACUAUCAAACAUUCGUGACAUAAUGGAUCGUGGAAAACAUGCCUUACUUGACAUUACACCAAAUGCAGUAGAUCGUCUUAAUUAUGCUCAGUUUUAUCCUAUAGUAAUUUUCCUUAAAACAGACAGUAAGCAUGUCAUCAAACAAUUACGUCAUGGUAUUCCAAAGUCUGCACAUAAAAGUUCUAAGAAACUCUUAGAACAAUGUCAAAAGCUAGAACGUGUUUGGUCACAUGUCUUUAGCACUCAAAUUGUACUCAAUGAUACUGAAUCAUGGUACCGAAAGUUGCGUGAAGCAAUCGAUUUACAACAAAGCGGUGCUGUUUGGAUGUCAGAGACCAAGCCUGUUGAAUCCCUAUCCGAUGAUUUCCUAUUCCCAAUGACCACAUCCCGUCUAUCGUAUGCAUCAAGUCCUGAAUCCGAUUUGGAAUUAAGUCCUGGACCAUCGACAUCAUUAUCACUUGGCAAUUUACCGCAAUUGGUUAAAUCCAGCUCAGAUCCAUCGAUUGCAACUAAUCAGGAUAACUUGGAUAGGGAUAGAGACAUUAUUGGUGAAGGAUUACCGCCUCCAUAUACGAAUCCAUAUGAACAGUCGAAUCCCCCACAAAAUCGUCGCCAAACUAUGGACACUAGUCUUACGAGUAAAUAUAAUUAUCCUGUCGGACCGAGUCAAUCGAUGAAUCCCGAUUCUAAUAGUCCUCCAUCAAAUACACGACCACAAUCGCUGUAUGGCAUCAACGCUCCAGAUCUACCGCCACGUGUCGAUCGGCAUGUCAAACCUUCGGACGUAAUUGCAAAUACACCGCCGUCCCGCACAAGCAGUUCUGGUGGAACAAUUGCUCGAUCUGCUCAGGAACGUCUCUUUGGAAAACCUACUGUAACCGAUGAUGUCCAAGCUGAAUAUGUUUCAAGAUCAACAACCAACGAUUCAGUGGACCGCACUCAACAAAGUUCUCUGGAUCGACAGCAAAGAUUGAAUUCUGUAGUAGCAAGUCCACUUAAGCCCACUCAACAAAAUGGUUCGGCUUAUGAUAGUGUUUCUAGUUAUGAUUCAUACAAUACAACACAAUUGGCUAGCAUUCAAAACGUAAGGCUGGGACCGAACGCACCAGAUGAUCUAAAGUCAGUACCGAAUGCAAAUGUUGGACGUCCAGGUGGCAUGAAUUCUAAUGUUCCAGAAUUUAGGAGUGCACAUGAUCAUCAUACAAGGAACUUUAUAGGAGCAAAUGAUCUCAAUCGACAAAGCAGCCCUGGAAGACCUCAGUAUCAUGACCUUACUUCGGCGCGCAAUAUAGAUCCGCGAAAUGCAGCGUUAAACACACCUGCAAGGCCGUCCAAUCUGGGUCUCGAAAAUAGUCCGCGAAAGCAAGUUCUCGAAACAAAAACUGAUUAUGGCAAAUACAGCCGAAAUAAUUCAGCAUCUCAAGCCGAUUAUUCGAAAAUUCCUAAAAAUCCACAUGGUAUUGCUCCACCACCGAAUGUCAAUUCAAACGGAAAUGGGACUCCAAAUGGAAAUGGAGGACCAUUCAAACCAGUACCACCACCUAAGCCGAAGAACUAUCGUCCCCCAAUGCAGGGAAGUGGACAAUGGGAAAAUGGGGAACCCGGGUCUCCAAGAUCACCAAAUGGAUUUUUCUAUCCUCCAACACCUUCGCAUUAUCAUCAUUCACAAACUCCUGGUUCACCACACACAUCAAAUGGCUCAAGUCAACAGAACCAUAUUUAUGGUACUAGCAGCGGGAGCGGUGGUGGGGGUCAUUAUAACGGAAGUAACCAACAAACAUCUUACGUUCAGCCAAAUGGAUACAAUGGUAGUGGGCAUCCUUAUUCGGGAGGAGGUGGACAACAAUACAUGCAUCGUAGUCAUCCUCCGCCUAUUACUAACCUUCCCCCACAUACUCCUGAACGACAUGCUCUCGAUUUGGCUGGCAGUCGAGAACAACGUGGAUCGGCUUUUGAGUUAUAUCGUAAACCGCAAAUUGGAGCUGCUGGGCACCAUCAUAAUAUGAGCGAUAUGGAGCCGUAUGACGAGCGGUAUAAUAACUACUAUCAAGUCCCACAACAUCCUUCUCGUGCUGUUUAUCCAUCAGAUCCUGCUAAUAAUGUAGCCGCAUAUCAUCAACAUCAACAAUAUUAUAACAUGUAUCCAAAUUCACCACCACCACCAUUACCGAAGGUGAAAAAGAAAUCUGUUCUCAAAUCUCCUCUAACUGCGAUCAAAAACGCUCUAAUUAAGUCCACUCGACCUUUGCGGCGAAUGAACAGCAUGGUUGAGCAAGAUAAAAAAUCAAAACCUCUAAGAAGACAAUAUUCCAUGAUGGAAAGGGGAAUAGGACGGCUUCAAUAUCCCGAUGAUUAUCCAACCUAUCCCGCAGCGAUGCAUGACCCAAGAAUUCCAUAUAAUGGUGGUCGGGCAACAAGUGUUCCUCCACGAGAUCAGUACUACGCCCGCGAACAGGAAGAUAUGAAUAGCACGUACCAAAACCUUGAAAGUGAGGACAUAUAUGGAAACAUAGCUCCUGCUCAAAGUAGACAAGCAUACGAUGACUUGUAUUCGAAUAGAGCUUUGAUAGAUCUUGAAAGAAGACAGGCAGAGAUGAUAGCUGCAAAUAGAGGCGGCGGGCGUCGAAUUAUUCGUCGUCAUAGUACAAGUGUUGCAGAUCGUGGCUAUGAUCCACGUCGUAAGCCUAACCAACGCAUACAAAGUCCUGAAGCUUACGCUUGCGAGGAUAUAUAUCAAAGUCGACAGGGUGCUUAUAUGUUAACCGAGCCAAGAAGGCCUCCAAACUCUGAAGUUAUGACUCGACGUCGUUUCUAUCCCGAUCAAAUGGAUAUAUCAGAAGAUCACAUCUAUCAGACCCGAAGGGAAGUUCAACGUAACCAAAUAUAUCAGUCGAAAAAAGAGAUGCAAGAACGCAUCACUGCAGGUAAGAAGGAUAUCGAAAGAGAAUUUAGUCCGCCCAGUAGUAGUCAAUCGGAACGUGAUGAUAAAUCGGAACGAGACUCCAUUUAUCAGUCCCGUAGAGAAGUAAAGGAAAGCGGUCUAAAGACAAGAUCACAGCUUCGGGAACAGAUCUACCAAACGCGCCGCGAGGCAAUGGAAUCGAUGGCUGAGCCCAUUUAUGUGUCGAAAAGAGAUGUGGUUAGGCCUGAGCCUAUUUACGAGACUAAAGAAGAAUCUAGUAUAUUGGCAUCGGGGGAAAAUGAAACCGAUGAGAAGAAAGAAGAAAAAACAGACAGCACAGUAAUUGUAAAUGGAAAUGGUGGAGAAAGUAAUGGUUCCUCUCAAGAAGAAACCCUAAAUAAUUCGAAACAGUCAGAUCUGCAGCUAUCUGCGGACACAGUGAUAGAAAAAACAGUUAUUCCAGCUCUAGCCGCAGCAAGUCUUGCUGAGCCAGAAGACGAUGAUGAGUUCGAUGAGGACGAAGAAGAAGACGAAGAAGAAACUCGUGAUGAAGAAGAAGCUUGCGAGGCUGUAGAACCACUCAAACCCUUAAAUUCACCAACUGCAGCAACACGAUCACCUUACCACAAACCGAACAUGCGUCGCACCGCUGCAUCACGAACUUCACUUGAAACUCAAUACACAUCUCAAGCUAGUCUACCUAUAGGACCGCCAAAUGCAACUAGCACACCCUAUGCCAGUGAUAUGUCACUGCCAAUGGCUGGGCCCGUCGCAGCACCAACAAUUUCUGGAGGGUCUACGAGCCAAAGAUUUCCCACAGUGCCUCGAGAGCCUACGACAACAAAAGGAAUUUUCGAUCACAAUGGAGGCACCUUAGCGGAUAAUUUCUGGAAUGUUUCACUUCAGAUUCCACCAGGUGCGAUACCUCUAGGUGUCAAACAAGAGAUCUAUUUUACAGUUAGUGAUCCACGAAUGGGUGAAACAGUUGGCGGACCGCCUUUGGAUAUGGAAAAUGGUGAAACAAUGCUAUCACCUUUAGUGAUGUGCGGCCCUCAAGGCUUGGAGUUCCUUGUUCCAGUUACAUUAAACAUCCCUCACUGCGCCGGUCGAACAGCUUCCUUGGGACUCGCUCUCAAGGCCACCGAUAGCGAAAAAAAUCUCCACACCGAAUGGGAUAACAUUGAUUUACCAAGUAAUGCAGCCGCACAUACAGUUUCAGUGAAAGUCGACCAUUUUUGAAAUAAACUCAACUUUAAAUUUAAGCAGAAGGAAAAAUAUAAAUAACAACGGUAUUAUGUUUAAGUUGCUUUUAUUUAUGUGUUUUUUAUCACAAUUGUUAAUAUUUUUUAAUUUGUUGAAAAUAUCAACUUCUAUUUUGCUUUUAAUUUGUUUAUUGUUGAGUAAGAAAACGCUGUAUUUUUAUGUAAAUAAUUAAACUUCAAUUUUGUUCUUAAAUUUUUUUACAAAAACGAUUUCGAUGAUGAAAAGCGAAAAAUAAAGAAUUAUUAUAUUUCGUGCCUUUUAAGUAUUUGUAUGUCUAUGAAAAAAAAAUCUAAGCUAAUAAAAUAUUGCAUGAAAUAAAUUUGUACGAAAAAUCAAUUUACACAUAGUAUUUAUAACCAUUUCUGUUGCAUCAGAAUCAUAUAAAAAUUAUAUAAAAUAAAUACCUAAAUAUAAUACAAUUAACAAACGCUAUUUUAUACAUGCAUAUAUUUCUUGUAAAUAUUGAUUUAAUUUAAUUGGAAAAAAACAUAAAAUAUUAUUAUAUUCACAUGAAAAACAACAUUUUGUAUUAAGUUGAAUGAUAACACAACAUUUGUUUUAUCAAAUAUUUAGAUUAUCGAUUUUGUAUUGUGUUAAAUAAAUACAUACAUAAUAUAUACACAUAGGUAAUUUUCUUAGCUUUUGUUUAAUUAUUAUUGUAAAGUAAAGGAAACAUUAAAUAUAUAAUUAUAUUAUUGUGCUUACAUUAAUUUUUAAUUAUUUAAAUGAAAAUGGUUUUGAUUCAAUGUAUUCUUUUGUCAGAAUUAAUUAUAAAAAUUUUAAUUAUAAUAAAUAAAGAAAACAUUUAAAAACAA